AUGGGAGAGAGACCGGGGGAGAGGGCUGGGGGAGAGGGCUGGGGGAGAGGGCUGGGGGAGAGGGCUGGGGGAGAGGGCUGGGGGAGAGGGCUGGGGGAGAGAGACGGGGGAGAGGGCUGGGGGAGAGGAGCAGAGACGGGGGGGGGGUGUAUUUGCAAAGUCCUGGCUGAGUUCCAACUGGAGGCAGAGAGUGUGCCGAGUCAGAGGAGAUCGUCCCGUUUCUUCCUGGACCGCGUCUGUGGAGCGUCUGUGGAGCGUCUGUGGAGCGUCUGCGGAGCGUCUGUGGAGCGUCUGUGGAGCGUCUGUGGAGCGUCUGUGGAGCGUCUGUGGCGGGCCCCGGUCGCGGUGAGUUUGAUGGAAAAGCACAUUCUUAGUUUUUUGUCCACACAUGUUUAUGAAGGAGCUCUGAGGAGAGAGAACUCACUGUCUGAACAAGAGAGUCUGGACACACUGUCUGUGGGAAUGUGGACCGAGAGUGGGAAUGUGGGCCGCGGGAGCUGA